AUGGAGCGUCCACCCUCUGCUACUACUUCUAAGAUGUCCGUCACAGGAAGACGAGAUUACGGCAUGAAGUUUAUUGCAGAUAUGGAUGACCUCGCUGGCAGCACUAUCAAUGUCGGUUCGCAUGGACAACCGCCUCUAAACGGAUCUCACGAAUCAGUCAAAACAUACGGAGGCACUCCGUAUUGGGAGAGGCACGCUGAAGUUACAAAUACUAGACACGAUGAAGAGAACGACGUCGAUGAAGGUUGUCAUCCGUUUUGGACGUCAUGGUGGGAUAUGAUUAGGGGGGUAGGAUUGAUUAUCGCUGGCAUGCUUAAAAUUCCCUUUACUAUUGGGCACGGUAUAGCAAAGGCGCUACAUUUCACCCCGACACUAUAUAACGACACUACUGUCCGGAAGUGGUUUCAGAUCACCGGUUUCCCAUCGGGAAUCGUUGCUGCCGUCCAGGCCUUUUUGUACGGGCUUCUCGAUGGUUGUACAGACUGGUUCGUGUUGCCUUACAAGUGCGCCAGAAAAGACGGAUUCCUCGGAUUUUUUAAAGGGUUCAUACAAGGACUUGGUAGUAUAGUAUUCAAGACGUCUGCCGGUGAGUUUAGUCUCAGCUACUUCUUAUCCCCUACAUUCGGGUCGUGA